UCCAUGAUACCAUACUUCGAUUUCAUCUUUUCGUAAAUAAAAAAUAACUUCAUUAUCAAGAAGACGCCGUCUUUCAUGUACUUCGCUGUUUCAAAUUAAAAAUAAUAUUUAAACUAAUAAGCAAUAAUCAAAAUGGCUGUUACUUAAUAUAUAAUAGAUUUAAAAGUAUUUUUAAUGUAAAAAAUUGUUUGAUUUUGUUUAUAAAUAUUGUUUUCAACCAUGGCGAUUGAACUCAAGAAAGCAACAAGUGAUUCAAACAAAUCUCAAGAAAUAACGAGUUUAGUUGAAUAUUGUCGAGUAUGUACAACUCGCAGUAAGAAUAUGAGUUAUUUAUUUGGUCCUGGAAAGAAGAAUAUUGUUGAUAAAAUAUAUUAUUGCACGGGCGUUCGCCUUAAAAACGAAAGGGAUUUACCGACACACAUAUGUCCCGUAUGCCUCACCCACUUAACAAUAGCAUGUAAAUUCAAAACUUCAUGCCUAGAAGCUGACGGAGCCUUCCGCAGUCUUGUCAUCAACACCGAAAUCAAAAUAAAGGAAUGGAGACUCAUAUUAGACGGUUUCGAUGAUGAUAUCUUAGUUAAACAAGAGUUUGACGUUGAUUUGGAAUCCGAUGAUGACCGAGAAGAGACAAUAUUACCAAGUAAUGAGGACGGUUUGGAAGAGAUUUUAGAUCAAAGUGAAAUUUUGGAUGAGUCUGCGGUUACGGAGAGCGAAAAAGAUACGGUAGCUGUUAAUGGAGUUGAUGGUGUUGAGAAAAGUAAUGCAAUUGGGUUGAAGAAAGAUGGAAUUAGCACACCAUUAGUCCGAGGACGUCCAAAGAAGACAGAUUCCCCUCGUCGCCUCCGUAAAUAUAAAUUCAAGAAGCUGUGGUGUGAGCCGUGUAAUAUCAAGUUUGAUACCAAAGAACAGUCAGCAGCACACAAGAGAGAACAGCACAAAGACAGUGAGACAUGGGUGUGUGAGGUGUGCGGCAAGAUGUUUGUCCACCGCGCCUCGCACUACACCCACGUGAAGUCGCACCAGCCGCCGCAGUACGCGUGCGACACCUGCGAUUACAAGACCUGGCACAAGUACGACCUCGUCAAACACAUCAGGAUACAUACUGGCCACAAGAUGUAUCAAUGCGAGUACUGUACAGCAUCAUACUACACGUCGUCGAACCUUCGCAGUCACAUCCGACGGAACCACAUGCAUCAGCGCCCUCACGAGUGCAACAUAUGCAGGCGAACGUUCUUCGACAGAACGAAGUUGAAUCGACAUGUUGAUUCGCAUUUGGAGAUCAAGAGUCCUCCCAGAUUUGAAUGCGAGGUCUGCCACGCGUGCUUCACCCGCCGCUGUUACUGGAAGAAGCAUCUGCUGAGGCAGCAUGACGUCAUCACCCCCCCUCAGAGACCUGGACGGCAGAAGAUCAACCUCGUCAUAGGGGAGUACCUUGUACAGAGCAAGCAAGAUGAACUAGGUAUGUGUAAAGAGAAAGUUUAGGAUUUGUGACAGAAAGAAAAACGCAUUCAGCGACUUCUAAAAAGGUUGAAUAUUCAUGAUGGUUAAACGUUUAAUGCUACUUCUGAGCGGGUAAGAAAACACUGUUUUGUUCAUCAUCGGCCUAGCCUUUGUAGCCAGUUCAAACGGAUGCAGCUAAGUACACAUUUACAAGAAGCGAAAAAAGUAAAAAAAGGGCCUCGCAAUCACUCCGAAAGGAGCGAAACUUCUAAAUUCGAGUGGAAUGUAUUCACUCUCGCUUUGCCUCUAUUCCCCCAACCCAGGAGCAUCGAAAGGUUUAACAAAACAGUGCUAAGCUAUAAUGCGGCUGUUAUUCCUACAUCUUUGACAGUUGUUACAGGUAGUCAGAAACUUGAAAGUCUGACAACCAGUCUAACUAA